GUAAAGCAAAGAAGGUGACAAAAUGGCUGCGACCAUGAAGAACGUGGAUGAGAUUCGGAAUCGAGUAAUACUUGGAGAAUUUGGAGUGAAAAAUGUUCAUACGACAGAUUUUCCCGGGAACUCCGGCUAUGAUGACUCUUGGGAUAUGGAAAAAUUUCAAAAGAACUUCAGAAUUGACGUAGUGCAACUGGAUGAGAGCAGUAUGGAGUUUGACAGUGGGAUAGACGCAGCUAUCGCCAAUGCCUUCAGGAGGAUCUUACUAGCAGAGGUACCUACAAUGGCCAUAGAGAAGGUGUUUAUCUAUAACAACACAUCCAUCGUCCAGGAUGAAGUCCUGGCCCACAGAUUAGGCCUCAUCCCCAUCAAAGCUGACCCCCGCCUGUUUGAGUACAGGAACACUGGUGAAGAGUUGGCAGAGGAAGAAGGAUCAGAAAUAGACACAAUUCAACUGCAGCUGAAGAUAAAUGCAGCAGGAACCCCAGAGCCAGCAAAGACUCCUGACCCACGAGAGCUGUAUCUGAACCACAUGGUUUAUUCAAACAUAAAGUGGGUCCCCAUUGGGAACCAAGCAGAUGUGUUUGCAGACUCCAGCAUUGGACCCGUACAUGAUGACAUCCUGAUAGCUCAGCUACGACCAGGACAGGAGCUGGACAUUCUUAUGCACUGUGUCAAAGGAAUUGGUAAGGACCAUGCAAAGUUCUCUCCAGUGGCCACAGCCAGUUACCGCCUUCUGCCAGAGAUCACUCUCUUGGAGCCAGUGGAGGGAGAAAAGGCAGAGCGUUUAAAACGCUGCUUCUCACGAGGAG